AUGAGAGGUCUUCUUAGACGAUUGGGUUUGCCUAACGACGGCGCUGGAAUCGAGCCCAGUAUGGUCACCAUUCACAGGAAGUACAUCCCCAGAGACGGCGGGAGUGCUGAGGACCUCCAUCUCACCGCUUCGGUCCCGCCCGACUUGCCCUCAGCGAGAGUGUUGGUGAAUGGGCGUCGGGUAGCCUGUGGAUCGGUGUGUGAACUCCAUCAAGGCGAUCGCCUCCUUGUGGGCCAUGCGAGAGUAUUCCGAAUCGUCACACCUGCCGAUGGUGAGUCCGUAGAGCAUCAUACCAAACUACACGAAGCAUCAGCAAGAGAAGCUCACAAGAAGGGGCUCCCCACACCGCUGGAGGUUGCCUUGAAUGAAAUCGAGGAUGACGAAUCAAUGGAGUUCACCCGACUGAGGCCUGUUAUCUGCCGGAUGCUAGAAGAUUCGGAAGCGGGCCUGGGGUUGAGAAGCUUGAAAAGGCUCCAGCGAACUCUCCAGGGCGAGUUCCGCUUCAGAGGUGCUGGGGAGGCGGCUGCUACGGACAGCUUCACUGAUCGUAAGCUCUAUUCGCGGGUCAAACAGUUCGAUGCUGACUCCAACACGAAGUCAAAAAACUUCCGCGGCCGUGCGAGCCAGUAG